AUGACUUCCAAUAAAAGAAAAUCCAGAAUCAUAAACGAUAGCGAUGAUGACGAUUCAAAAAACGAAACAUUCGUAGUGUAUGGAACUGAAAUUCCAUUGCCAAGUGAAACUGGUGAAGAUCAGAAUAAAUUUCAACCUGUUUGGAAACAAGAGGUUCGCGAUGAGCAAGGUUUACGACGUUUUCACGGAGCCUUUAAGGGUGGCUGGUCUGCAGGUUGGGUCCCUUCCUCGUUUGUUUCUUCGCGGAAUAAUAGAUCCGAGCGAAAAAAUUAUGACCCAAAAGACUUUAUGGAUGAAGAGGAUUUAGAGGAAUUUGGACAAAAACAACAACUUGUUGUUACAGAAGAAUUUGAUUCACUUGGAUCAACAGAACGUGAAUUAGAAAGAAAACUUGCUUUGGCGGGUUCUAUGGAAGCUGGUGGAAGUAUAUUGGGUUCCCUUCCUGACACAUUAAUCGAUGACCUGAUAUUACCUAGUAAAGAACCAAUUGGAAUGCGACUAUUAAAGGCAAUGGGAUGGCGAGAAGGUCAGAGUAUAGGUGAUCGCGUUAUGAAAAGAAAGAAACUUGGUGAAGGGCAAGAGAAAGAAAAAAGGCCUCCAACAUCUAGGGGCAGAUUGUGUCAUGAUGGAAGUUUUCCUUUGAAAGGUUUCGUCUUGGCAGAGAGACCUCUACUCCUCUAUAAAUGGUACAGUCCACCAGAAUUGCCAUCAGAAUUCAUACCAUUUCAUCAAUUUGAUAUAUCCGAUAAAUCUAAAAAUAUUGAUUCCACCACUCCUUUAGUUACACGAAAGCAAACAACUCUAGCAGUGAUAGCGGAUCAGGUUCCAUUAAAUUCCUCAUCAAGAUCAGUAUUUGAUUAUGUAUCUAGAAGGGAUAAGGAACGGUUGGAAAAUUUAAUUGGAGUUAAAGCUGAUUCAGAUGGUGAUGUGCCUAUUGAACAAACUUCAAAAGUUGAAAUUCCAAAGGUAGAAAAAGAAGCGGCUUUAGCUGCUUUAAAAGGAUACAUUCCCUUUGAUGAUGAUAAAAAGAAACAGGCACGAUACAAGUUCUUCUUAGAAGUACAAGCUGAGAUAAAAGCGGCUGAAUUAAUGAGACAGCCUGAGGGUCUAACCACUGAAGAAUAUUUCAAAGAACUAAAUGAAUUUGCUCAAGCAGCAAGAAUAUUUCGUCCGAUACCUUUAAUGAUGGCAUCUCGAUUUACUAGUAGUAAAUCUUCAUCUGAUGAAUUUAAACAAUCCGAAUCAGGUCUAAGGGUUGGUCCAGUGAUUACCAAUUCCAAUAUUCAAUUCAAUCAAAAAGAUACAAAUAUACAGGAAUCUGUAAAUCGAACUUUUAUUGAACAGACAGAGUCAACAGCAGAGAGUGCAGCUAGAAUGAACAUGUUUGGACCUCUUACAAGAACAAAAUCAGAUUUUUAUCCUAACCGUCUUUUAUGUAAACGUUUUAAUAUUGCAAAUCCUCAUCCUGAGCAUAAAGAAAAGUCAUCACCUGGAAAAACACAACUGUUGCAUCGCCUAGGAGAAACCACAGGACCAGAGAAGGGAUCGGGUUCAAAAGACGAAGAUUUAGUUGACACGGAACCUUUUAAUAAAAUUAUUGAAGAUUUACGCUCAACGAUAACCCCUCAGCAGUUCGAACCAAUUACAAAUAAAGAAAAAUCACCAAUACCAUUAUCUACUAAUACUACUAAUUCCACUAAUACAGAAAAUAGUAUAACACCUUUUCCACCAAUAUUUAAAAAGGAACAUGAUCGUCAGAAACGUAAGUCUGAAAAAUCAGAUAAGAAAAAGAAACAUUCAAAAGAUAAGAAAAAGUCCACAAAACGUUCACAUAAAGACGAUAGUGAUGACGGAGAAAGACAUAAAAAAUCUAAAAGGAAAAAAGGAUUAGAAGAGCUUUAUGAUAAAAAAGAUAAACGACAUCCUAAUAAAGAAAUUAAAUUAUCUAUCAAAAAUAACAAAAAUAUCAAAGAAAUUACGACAAACCGCCAUAAAAAUCGUCCAAGAGCUAUGGAUUUAUGGUAG